AAGAUGAUUCAAACAGCCAAAUGUGUCCUUUGGUUUUCAAGUCAAGAAAUCAUCAAAAUUACUCCUUCCCAUUUCGGUUGCCGACCGUUACCUCCUUCUCUUCCACACUUCUUUUUUUGCUUUCUCAUUAUCACUUCUACUACACACCACAUACUCUCAUUCAGACCACCAAUUCCAAAAACAAGACACAACAGUAGAAGAUAAUGUACCCAAAGGUGAAAGUGAGGCCGGAACAGGAUGAAGAUGACUGUUGUUCAGUUCUGUUUUUAGAGUCUUUCUCUAGCCAAGAGAAUGAAACUCAAUCGGAUUCUAAUUCUCCACCUAUAAUUGCCAGAGUCACUAAGGCUAAUUCAAUUUCAGCUUCUAAAGGUGAUGAAUAACCAGAAGAACAAUGGUGAGAAGAGAAAGUUGAGUGGAAAAGCAGCUUCAACUCCGCGCCCUCGUGCUGUUUUGUCUAGUCCUGAUAAUGAUGGGAUGAUGGGCAAAAGAAACAGGUUGAAAGAUGGGGGAACUGUCUUAGCUCCCACGAGGCUUCAAUUUCAUGAUGUGCAGAAAACGCCAGUUUGUAUUAAGACUAACAAGCGUAGUUUUAAGAAAAAGAAUUCUUCUGAAUCCAAAAUCGGAAUGCACAAAUCACCUCUUGUUGGAAAAGUCAACAAAGACGAGCAAUUAGUUUAGUUGGUUUCUUUUACUAAUCUUUGAAGUACUACCUGAGGAAAUGGAAUCCUUAGCAACUAAUGAAAGCUUGUUAAUUUG